GGAAAUUUUGGGAGGAGUCAUGCACAACAAGCUCGAGACAGAAGAAAUAUUCGAAGCUACCAUGCUUAAUAAACGCUGCGUGACAAACAAUGACGGGGAGAGGGUCAAAGAGACGGGGCCGACCCCCGAAAUCGGUGGUCAUGGAAAGGCCCAAAAAGUUUCAAUAUCAUCUUAUGAAGAAACCGAAAUAUUUACAAAACAAGGGAACAGAAACGCCAAACUCGCAGCCAAGUACACCGACACCCUCAAGACCGUCAUCGCCAGUCGAAAGCGAGGAAAGCAGACGAAGUACACGAACUCGAAAAUCGCGAGGCCCCAAAGACAGACAUUCGCGAAAAGGUGGUCACUCGGGUUCUGGUGUUUAUCAACGCCGAGGUUACAAUCCAAAUGUUGACUAUCAUGACUCAGAGUAUCAUUAUGGCUCGGAUUUUGGUGAUGAGUCUAGUGAAAAAAGCGAAGUUGAAGAGGAUCUUCUACAAAGCGAUGUAGACUCAUCUGAAAGUAUAGAAGAACCUGAUCCUUCCAGUGACAGUGACUUUUCCCUUUCCAGUUAUAGUACUACUAGUGGCACACCUCGUAAGACACUCCUUAGUCAGCAAAGGCCGCCAAGUCCAGAACCACUCUGGCUCCAGAACAGGGAACUGCCACAGUUAAACUUACCUAAAUCAUCUGACGACCUAUUAGUCCCUAGAGAACUUGUUAUGCCAUCUUUAUCUAUUUAUGAAGUAUUGAGACAUUUCCGCACCUUAAUACGCCUUUCAGCCUUUAGGUUUGAAGAUUUUUGCGCUGCACUUAUGUGUGAAGAUCAAACUAAUUUGCUGGCUGAAAUACAUAUUAUGCUUAUUAAAGCUCUUCUCAGAGAAGAAGAUUCUCAGCAGACACAUUUUGGUCCUCUUGACCAAAAAGACUCUGUAAAUGUUAGUUUAUAUUUUGUGGAUUCUAUGACUUGGCCAGAGGUGUUACGCUCGUAUGUAGAAAGUGACAAGGCCUUUGAUCAAAAUAUUUUAAAUAUUUUAUCAACCUGCGAAUAUCCUUUCACAUCUGUUGAAGAUAGAAUCAAGGUGCUACAAUUUUUGACAGAUCAGUUUUUGAUUACAAAUCCAGUAAGAGAAGACCUCCUGCAUGAAGGUACACUAAAUGGAAAUAUGCAUUAUGAUGAUCACUGUAGAGUAUGUCAUCGUCUGGGAGAUUUAUUAUGUUGUGAAACCUGUCCAGCAGUGUUUCAUUUAGAAUGUGUUGAACCUCCGUUGGUUGAUGUUCCUACAGAAGACUGGCAAUGUAGUACAUGCAAAGCUCAUAAGGUUACAGGAGUUGCUGAUUGUAUACCUGAUGUUGAAAAAAAUGGUUCACUUUGUCGUCAAGAACAUUUAGGAUUCGAUAGGCAUGGCAGAAAAUAUUGGUUCUUGGGAAGAAGAGUUUUUGUUGAAAGCGAAGAUGGUGAAGUUUGGUAUUAUAGCACAUCUUUACAAUUAGAAGAAUUGAUGCUUUGUUUAGACCGUAAUGAAAUGGAAGUUGCACUUUAUAGAGAAUUAUCAGAUUACAAAGAUGAAAUUGUAAGACAAAUGGAUCUUACAGAACAAAUUACUAAUCAGUACAAGGGUAAUAAAAAGUCUUAUCUAGAAAUAGAAAACAGUCUUAUACAGAAACUACAAAAAGAACGCCAAGAAAAACAAGAAAAGGAAGAAGAGGAAAAAAAAGAGAAACAAAGACAGGAAGCUGAAGAAAUGGUACGCAGAAUACAUGAAGGUUCAGAUUCUCUUGAAGAACAGUUAGCAGCUGUUACUGAACAACAGGCAAAACCAUCUGAUGAGUCAAAUGCAAGAGAAAAUGCUCAAGACAUGGUGACAGAAAAUACAGAAGUAGAUGGUGCAGAUGCCAAUUUAACAGAUGUAACAACUAAAGGUGUCAAAGCUGGAGCAUCAACAUCAUCAUCUGAAGAAAUUGAUGAAGAAGUAUUAGAAGGAGAAGAAGGCAUUUCAAAAAUCGGGAAAGAUGGUAAAAAACACACAAUUGUAACAAGGUCAAAAACAGGGUCUUUACAACCUAGAACAUUUAACAUGGAUGAUUUAAAGAAACGCAGUACUGGACAAUUGUCAAAAGAAGAAUUGGAAAAAUUGGAUAAAAGUUUGAAAGAGGAAGGAGAUGGAACCAGGUUGACAAGACAGAAAGCUCAUCAAAUAGCUUCUGGAACACAUCUCUUUAAAUUAGGAAUGGACAACAACUUUAAAUCAUAUGUGAAUCAAUAUAGUACCAAUCCUAUUGCUUUGAAUAAGGCUCAACGGAAUGAAGAACGUGACAAGAAGAGACAUUUAUCACAUAAGUUUUCACUCACACAGGCUUCUGAAUUCAAAUGGGUAGGAAGUUUGACAGGAACUCGUGCCCUUUUAGUAAGCACACUUCGUCAAACGAUUCUUCAACUCGAAAGUAGUAUUCAAUCGUCAUUUAUGCACACCAAUUGGCCACUUUUGCGUAAACCUUGGACAACGGCAGUGGGUGCUUGUGUUAAUCCUAGAGACUUUGCACGUGCUCUUAUUGUACUGCAAGCAUGUAUUAAAUCAGUAGUGUUUGCUAGUGUAUGGCACGAUCAGCUUGGGCAUGUAAAAUUACAAAGAGUAACAGCACUUGAACGAGAAGAAAAGAAACGUCAAGAUAAAAAAGAUAAAAAAGAGAGGGAGGAUGAAGAAGAACGUAAUCGUUUGUUUAACUUCGUCAAAUAUACGUUAGGUUUGAAACAUCAAGUGUGGAAACAAAAAGGGGAAGAAUAUCGAGUACAUGGACAAGGCGGUUGGCUGUGGGUAUCUGCUAGUCGCCGCUAUAAGUUUUCCGACAUGUCAAAAUUAGGUCAUCGAAUGGGCUCUCAAAAAGUUAUGGUACAAAUUAAAGAUCAGGAAGGCUUAAAAAUAUUAGCUUUAGAUCCUCCUACAUACGAUUUUUUAAUAAAGGAAUAUUGUCCUUCUAAAAAAGAGGAAAAUAAUACUGAGAUUAGAAUAAAACAAGAGAUUAAAGAGGAAGAAUCACCGAAGGAUAGUCAAAUUGAUACAUCUAUAAAACAAGAGUGCAAAGAAGAAAACAUAAAAACAGAACCAGGUGAAGAUAAACAAAAUAAUGUAGAAACAGUUACAAAAACGGAAGUAACAACGGCAACAAAAACAGAGCCACAACCGAUUAAGCAAGAAACAAAAAUGAAUUUAUCAUUUUUAGCUGGCAUGAAAAUCGAGAAAGUCUAUACACCUAUCAGAGAAUUUGAAGAAAUUGAUAUUACUAAGGCACUAACUACUAAUGGGAGACUUCAUUAUCCAAAAAUUGCUAAGAAAACUAGAAUUGACGAUUUCUUGGCACGCAGAACACACUUAAAACUUUUGGAAGAAAGAAGAUUACUGCAGUCUGAAAAAUCGAAGGAACUCUUAAAUCAAUCAACGAAUCAAAAAACGGAUGGAGAUUCUGAAAUUGAUAUAGAAAAUAACGAAGAAAGUGAUACAGAUGGAGGUGAUAACUCCUUGCAAAGUAUCCUUGCUGGAAAACAACCAAAAACUAUGUCUACAUCGGCUAGAGAAAUGCUUGCUGUAAUAGCAAAACGUAUUCAACACGUUAAAGCUCAAUACGCAAAUAUAAUGAGACUUAGUAAAAAUAGUAGUUGUUAUUCGCGAUAUUGUAACAUGACAGCUCCUCCGGGAAAGAUUACAACUACGACACAAAGUUUAACUUCUGCAUGUUAUUCUCCGAUAUGUCUUCAGAAAGCAAGAUUAAAACGUGAUCUUAUUACAUUGUUAAGAAAAGCUAACGCUUUGAAUAAUAAUCAAUCAUCGCCGAAUUUAUCAGUUGGUGCAAGUACAGCACAAGUAUCACAGACGAGUUCAAAGAUAGAAGGAAGCGACGAAGCUAAAGAUGCAAUUAGAAAAGAUUUAGAAUCUGCGGUAGCAUCUGCAACUCACUGUACUGAAGAAACACCAGCUACUAAUGUAGUGAAAGAUGGAGCUUCACCUCCUGCUAAAAAAAUGAAAAUUGAAUCUAAUACGAAUGCUAAUAAUAAUACAGACUCAGAGCAUGUUGAUAUAGUAACGACUACAACUAGUAACGUAGUUACUACUACGACAGUAACUACAACACAACAGACGAUAAAAAAAGUUGAUGGCGUUGUACAGAGUAUGCAAGAAAAUACAACCUCUCAAAAUUCAGUAGCAUUUUCAUCUGAAGUUAAAACAAGCACGGGACAAAAGACGAUGAUUGUUAAUCGGAGAGGAAGAACUGUACAAAGAAGUACAGUAGCUAAAGAAUUAAAUGCUGAUGGCACAGAACGGGUGUAUUCUGCUACUUCAGCUGAAGGCAAAAUUUAUUUGAAGAAAGUUGCAAUUUCUUUAGCUGAUAGAAAAAAGAAGCGUACUCCCGUUAAAUAUCCAUUGUGUUCUACAUUUUGCACAAAAAAUAAACAUCGUAGUAUAUUGCUACUACCACAACAUGAAUUACGUAAAUUGGCUAGAGUUGGCGGACGAAUACAAGUUCAAGGUUUUCAUCAGAUGGCUAAGGCAAAUAUGUCGGUAUGGCCAUACCCUUGUCCUAGGCCGUUGUUUAAAACUUGUUGGUUGUACAGAACAGUUGGUAUAAAAUCAUUGGCUGCAGCAGCCCUUCAGUUAAGAAUAUUAUGGGCAUGUCUUCGAUGGGACGAUAUGGCUGCGAAACCAUUGUCCACAGAUGGCAAACAUCAAAUUACAACCGACACAGAAAUUAUGUCAUUAGAAAUUCUUAAACACCGUCAUGUUGGUCAAUUUUUAGAUAAAACGCAGUACUUACGUAGGAAAGUUGUUAUACCUUUGGAACUUCCAAAACAAGUUAGAGAAGUUACGUCUAUAAGAAGUGGUUUAAGAAAAAGAAAACGACCAGAAUCACCACAAAGUACCGAACCUCAAGUUACAGAAGAAUGGGUUGAUGAGGAUAAAUUGGAAUUGUGGGAAAUUAAACAGUAUGGUGACAGGUUAGAGAAGGCUAAUGCCCAGAUUAUUACUAGGAGUCGCUCGGGUCAACCACAAUCCGCAGUUGGUUCUAAUCGAAAUGCAGGAUCAAAUUCUGGUAUGAGCGAUCAACUUGUUAGUGGUAAAGCAACACCUGAAGAAAUCAAAGAAAAGAUGGAGCAACAGUUACGAAUGCAAAGAGCUGCUCAUCAACAGAAGAGAGCAUUAGAAACUUUAAAAAGUCCAGCCAAUUCUGGUUCAGCUACUCAAGUUGUUAAAGUUACUGCUAACUCUGCUCAUGAAUCAUUUAUCACAGAUGGCACAGUUAAAUUGGUUUCUAAAGUAGCAAUACCAGCAAAUCCAAAUAGUGGAACAAAAUCACAGUUAACUUCCCUUUUGACAACUCCUGCACAGAACAAGACCUUUAUUGGUACAAGACGUAUUUAUAUGGCAAAAUCAUCUGAUGGAACAACAAAAGUUGUUUCGGGACCUACAAGUAUUUUACCGAAAACGCAAUUGCAAAGUGGAAAUCAACAGUCUCUAAUUAAAGUCUCUGGUCAAACAGCACCUGUACAACAAAUUCAGCAAAGGGUACAGAUUUUAAGAGGACCAGAUGGAAAAUUACAAGUUCGAGGUUUGAUGCCUGGUCAGCAACUAGUACAGAUGCCUGAUGGAAAACUUCAUGUAUUAAACACUGGUCAGGCCAUUACUACUCUUACACAAACUGGAGGAACAAGUACAACUACACAGACGAAAACAGGUACAACAACAACCACAUCUAAACUAGCUGCAACAGCUAACGCUACGACUAAGGCUAGUCCAGCCAAAACAACAACAAAUACAACGCAACAAGUACAAGCGGCUCAGCAAUCGCAAACUCAAUCUCAACAAGCAGUCCAACGUGCAACAUCAACCACCGUAACUAUUGCUACUGCUACACCAACUCAAGCAACGAAAAAUGCUAUUGUGGUAGCUAAUACUGGACAAAUUGUACAGGGUGCACAAGUCAUAUCUUCUGGUGGUCAAGUAAUUAGCGGAAAUCAAAUAGUAGUUACUAAUGCUAAUCUAGCUCAACAGCUUGCAACAGGCAAGGCUCAAUUAACAACAAUUGGAGGCCAUCAAGUGGUUAUCCGUAGUACCCCUACAGGCAAUCAAAUUGUGCAUUUAAAUUCGACGAAUAGUGGUAUUAUAGUGAAAAAUGCUGUAACACCAACCAAACAAGUUCCUGUAUUACAAUCUACACAAGCAACAACAACAGGAGCACAAUCAACUGAUACUACGAGCAAUAGUGUUAGUACUAAUGCGUCAACGAAUGUGACAUCAACUACUACUACAACCACAACAAAUCAGACCACCAAUGCUCCAGCACCGGGAAGCGUAGAAGCAUCCUUACUAGCUGGUCAACCACCUGGAACUGUCAUUAAAUGUGUUACUGCUCAAGUUAUACAAACUACUCAAGGUCCUCGUAUAGUUCUACAAGGUUUGCAAGGUGCAGAUUUUACUCCACAGCAACUUGCAAUGGUACAACAACAGGUUAAACAACAACUACUUAAAGCACAAGCUACAACGGGAAAGCAAGGAGUUCUAGGGCCUACUAAAAUUUAUUUGGCUGUUCAACCUGCACCUAGCAGUCAACAAUCGAUUCAGAGUUCUCAGAGUUCUACAACGGCGAAUACUCCUACUACACCAGCACCAAAACUACAAACUACACAACAACCAGUUGUUUCACCUCCAGCAGCAACUGAACCUCAAACAGGAACAGAAAGCAUUCCAGAGCUUCCAUCAACAGCGACAUCAAGUUCUCCUGAAAAACCAAAAGUAGUUGUCCAGCAAGUUGCACAGCCUAAUGUGACUACAGAAGAGGAAUCGCAAAAAACAAAUGUAGCUAAUGGUCAGCAACCUUUGCAAUCUUUAAAAGAUGGAAACGAUUCUUCGGCUAACAAAUUUAUUCUAACGCCUGAUUACAUACAACAAACUAUCAAGAAUGCAUUGAAACAAGAAAAUCUUAAUCCGGAAAUAGAAGAAAAGCUGCUGCAGUUGCAACGAUAUCAGGAGAAGCAAAUGAAAGGUGGUGUUGAAAAUUCAGUGACCAGUAAUCAGACUCAUACUACACCUACAAUUACGACUCCCCGUGUUCCAUCUCGUAAAAGACCAGCACCUUCUAACAUUCCAACAACGCCCUCAUCCACGAGUGUUCAAUCAACAACAAAUGAUAAAGAUUCAGAUUGGGCAGAAACACCUAGAAAAAAACCCGCACUAAAACAAGAAAGUCGUGAAACUCCAAAAGUACAAAAAAUUGAACUGGCAGAGAAUGAAUCGACACCCCAAAAACGAGCAGCGAAGCUGAAAGACAGUCAAGAGCAACGGAGAAAGCAACAAGUGCAUUCUCGAAUGCAAGUUUUGUUAUUUAGACAUAAAGAACUACUUAAAAAGGAUAUUCUUAAGAAAAGAGCAUUGCUUGAAAAAGAAUUGCAAAUAGAUAUUCAGAAAGAUUUAUCCGCGGAAUUAGCUUCAAGGACAAAGGCAGAAAGACACAAACAAGAUGAAGUGAAAGUGGGAAGUGCGAAGCGUAAAGCAAACGCUCAAGUGGCUCAACAAGUUAGUCCUCCCAAUAGAGGUGGAAGGCCAAAGAAAUAUAAAGCACAAGGAAAUAAUACCACACCACCAGGUGCUUCAACUACAGCUACUGCGAAUAGAAUUAAAAAGGAGAAGUUAUAUUGUCUAUGUAGAACGCCAUAUGAUGAAACAAAGUUUUAUGUAGGAUGUGAUCUUUGUAACAAUUGGUUCCACGGAGAUUGCGUUGGAAUUACAGAAGAAAUGUGUAAAACUCUUUCAGAAUUCGUUUGUACAGAAUGUAGGCAUGCAAGAGAUACACAAGAGCUAUAUUGUCUAUGUAAACAGCCUUAUGACGAAUCUCAAUUUUAUAUUUGCUGCGAUAAAUGUCAAGAUUGGUUCCAUGGUCGGUGUGUGGGUAUUUUACAAUCGGAAGCGGACAACAUCGAUGAGUACGUUUGUCCGAAUUGUCAACGAAACUCUUCUGUUAAUUUUGCUAACAUGAAAAAUCUUAACGCAAAGGAUCUUGAUCUCUUAAAGAAAUUAAUUAAACAAAUACAGGCACAUAAGAGUGCUUGGCCAUUUAUGGAGCCAGUAGACCCAAACGAAGCACCAGACUACUAUAAGGUUAUCAAGGAACCGAUGGAUCUACAAACGAUAGAAUUGAGGAUAAAUGACAGAUCUUACAAGAAGUUAAGUGAAUUUAUUGGAGAUAUGACGAAAAUAUUUGACAACUGUCGUUAUUAUAAUCCGAAGGAGUCACCUUUCUUUAAGUGUGCAGAAUCCUUAGAAACUUAUUUUGUUCACAAGAUUAAGAGUUUAAGAGAGAAGUUCUCUGAAGGAAAGUAAGCAAUCAAAAAAGAAACAACAAGAAAACUGUAACUAUAAACGAGUGGAAGUGCGAAGCAUCGGCGAUUUAAUUUGUGCAACAAUAUUGUGUAACAGAAAUGAUCUGUGCCAGUAGAAAAAGAGACGUUAAAAGUAGCCAUAAGUAUAUAAGAGUAGGUCAUAUAAGUUCACUAUUUAUUAGAAUUGUGUGAACGUUUGAUUUGCCUUCGCGAAAGCGAAUCUUAUUUGAACCGUGCCGU